UCACUGCAGCGGUCGGGCGCGAGCGAAGAUGGAGGUUUAGUUGUCGCCUGAUAUCUCCGGGAGAAGGAAGCCCACUGUGAGAGCGCGCCUCAGUGAACCGUCUUUUAAUUUCAGUUUUCCUUUGUUAUACUUUGUUUUUUUUUGCCCUCUGUUCGGGCUUCAACAUGGAGAUGAAGAAGAGGAUUAGCCUGGAGCUGAGGAACAGAAAUCCAGCUGAGGUGGUGGCGCUGGUGGUGGAUAACUGUCGCUCCAGUGACGGGGAGGUGGAAAGCCUGACGGACGAGUACACGGGGCUGGAGAUCCUCAGUAUGGUGAACGUCGGCCUCACCUCGCUCUCCAAACUGCCCUCGCUGCCCAAACUGCGCAAGUUGGAGGUGAGCGAUAACGCCAUCUCAGGAGGUUUGGACGCGCUGGCAGAGAAAUGUCCCAACCUGACGUACCUGAACCUGAGCGGCAACAAGAUCAAGGAGCUGAGCAGCGUCGAGGUUCUGCAAAACCUGAAGAACCUGAAGAGUCUGGACCUGUACAGCUGUGAAGUGUCCACGCUGGACGACUACAGGGAGGGCGUCUUCGAGCUGCUGCCUCAGCUCACGUAUCUGGACGGAUACGACCAGGAGGACAACGAGGUGCCCGACUCGGAGGCCGACAACGACGAUGACGAUGAAGCCGGCCCACCUGGAGAUGAGGACGAGGAGGACGAGGAUGACGAGGAAGGCUCUGAAGGCGACGAGGACGAGGUCGGCCUGUCGUACCUGAUGAAGGAGGGGAUCCAGGAUGAAGAAGAUGACGGAGACUAUGUUGAAGAGGAUGAGGAAGAGGAGGAGGAGGAGGAGGAAGAUGGAGAUGCGGACGCCGCGGGGGUUCAGGGGGAGAAGAGGAAGAGAGAUGCAGAGGAUGAAGGUGACGACGACGACGAUGAAUAACCCCCCCUCCCCCCCCGUGACUUCUGACCCCGCCGGCCGGACGCCGCCUCAGAGCCGAAGACAGACAGGUUCAGGAUCAGUUCUCAAACACACCUGGGGAAACUAGUUCCACGUUUAUCCCCGUCAUGUGACUGAUGAUGUCAUGGUUAACCCUGUAACAUGUGAUCAGGUCACAGAUCAGCUGACGAACAGGAAGUGUUCAGGCUGAACUCUGCUGUCCGGUGUUGUGAUUGAUGCGUUCAGGUGCAGUAGCGAGCGUAGGUCGUCGGCGUGUCGGCAGCUCCUGCUGCUAGCUGCCAUGCUAACGUUGCUAACAGACGUUCGCUACGUGUCGUAGGUUUCCGUAGCAAACCUGAAGCUGCGUCUUUCUGUCCGCUCUGAUCUGAGGUCAGUUUAUCGUACAGCGCCAGCAGCGAUUGGCUGAGCAGCUCGGGUCAAAGUUACAAACACGGUAAUGUGAACACGGCGUUACGCAGCCCGUAGACGCCUGAACGCCUCGCGCUGCGUUCUUUACUUGAGUAAAUCACCGGAGUACUUCCUCCACCUCUGGGUGUUUGAUCUCUUAGUUUUAUUGAUUAUUGAUCUGAUUUUAAACUCUGACUUCACUUCAGGUCAGCAGGUCACCACCUGUAGGCUGGUCUGUGACUCGAAAGACUACACUACCCAUGAGCCUCAGCAGCUGUUGCUACGGAGACACUUCUAUCCAGCACUGUGACAUCAGAGUUUUUUCUGAAUUGAUCCAAAAAUCGAUCCAGAGGUGAUUUGAUUAAAAUGAGUCUGAAGCUCUCUGAUUGGAUGCUUCUGACAGCAGUGCACUCUGGGAAGAUUUUUGUCUUUUAUAAUAUGACUGAUCCUGCAUUAAGGCUUAGCGUCAGGUGUAACCCCGCCCCCCCCUCACCUGACGGUCUGCGGCUCUGCUCGCGGUCCGGCUCCUCCUGGUCUCUGGUCUCUGUGGAUCCUGGAUCCUGACCCUGGUCUGUGUAAAUAGAAGUGAACUGGUCUCUGUAGGUUUUUGUCGUGUCGUCCUUUUUGCACCUGAACUGUGUUUUACAGGUGAAGCGACUCUCUUCCUCUGAGUUGAUUUUAUUUUUUUAUUCCCGCCUUCUGCUCGUGUCGCUGUAACCGGACAGUUUUUCAAUAAAAACCACUGAAGUCCAA